AUGUCACUAAGACAGGCAAAAAAGUUGUUAUCUCAACAACGUUCAUUAUUAGAUGACCAAAGGGAUUCAUUAAUACCUGAAUUUUCCAGGAAAAAAUUCUCAUUUGUGGAUUACCACAUAAGCAGUGACGAUUCAUUAUCACAGCCUAGCAGUGAUAAUGAUAAAUACUCCAGCUCGGGUUCUUCGGAAUCAAGGAGAAACGUUAUAGUAGCUAAUGCAAAAGAUACAAAUCCUAAGCAUAUCACAGGGGAACUGUCAUCUCCCUCAGACCCAGAAUCAGAAAUUUUGGACACACUGGAGAUAGAAGAUAUACCAAAAAAAACUGCGGCAAAGACUGCAAUAUUCACGCUUCAAAGAGGGGAUUUAAACUUCAAGUCGGAGAUUGACAAUAGAGCUGGCAAGCCAUUCAACACCUGCACUAGAAACCGUAGAGGCAAUUUCCUCUCCAAAAUGUGCUGGCUGAUACAAGAACCUGUAACUGCAGCUCAUAGCAAAUUGGCACACUCAAAUAUGAAAAUGAUAAAUUACCCGGACAAAUCACGCACGCAUUCAAAAGCCGUGUUAUUCAAAUUGGAGCCAUCCGAUGAUUAUUUAAACGUCCUAAGCAUGUUUAAACGCGCAGUUAACAGUCAUGAUGUAAAUAUGAUCGCUGACUUACUCAAACAAUCCCCCUUACAUAUCUAUGGGUUACUAAAAUUUGUGGACAUUUAUAAUCUACAAAACGACAAGGAAGAGGCCUUUAGAACCCUAAAAUUGGCACUGCAAAUGUUACAGCUAUCAUUUCACAAGGAUUUUAGCCCAUUUAAUUUGGACCAAGAUGAUCAUCCCAUGGUUAUGAUGGACAGUGGAUUAUACAACAACAGGGUAUUAAUCGUGGCAUUGCUGAUGUUAAUGAUUUAUUGCGAAAAACAGACGUGUUAUAAAACGGCUUUGGCGCUAGGCAAAUUACUUUUGGCCAUUGACAUCCGAAACGAUAAAUCUCACAUUUUACUGCACAUUGAUCACUAUUUUAUUACACUCCGCGAUGUGUUUCAGUUUUUAAACUUUUCACAUCAAUUUAACAAGCACAGGCACAAGGUAUUGACGGGUAAAUCAAUUGAUUCUCUUCCGCUCCAAUUCAUGCUCCCUAAUUUUGCAUUGGCAUUGGCGCUUAUUUUACAUUCGGGUACCCAAUUUAAAGCGAAUUUAGAGGAUUUGCAUCAGUUUUUGUGUUUGGAUGACAUAAAACAGGGCAUUCCCUACUCAUUUUACAAGCACUCACAAUUGGAUCAGGAACUUGACAACAUUAGUAGAUAUGGUAAAGAUGCAUCAAACUUGUAUUUGUUACGGGCAUUGAUUCUAUUCCCUUCAUUUAUUAUUACACUGGUCGAUACGUUAAAAACUAAAUCUAUUGGAGAUAAGAAAUUAGUCUCUAGACUAAAAGCAGCUGGUGAAUUGGUUACAUUCCCGAUUGAUAUACUAGAGCAUAUACAUUUAUUGGAGAUGCACUGCAUGUGUACAAGUGCAAAAAACUCUGAAAUUUGGUCUACCAAUGCCAUUUUGACAUGGCUAGUAGAUGCCUGCGAGUGGCUGUCGACAAUAUAUCAGGAAGAUAGUCUAAUCGAGGAAUAUCAAAUGCUAUGGGCCCUGAAUUACAACGAAGAGAUUGUUCAGGCUAUUUGUCUUGGAGAUAUGUAUUCAUUCAGUGGCAUUUCGACGGCUGAAUUUACUCAUCCUCAUAUCUUGCCUUCGGAACUAUCGGAUUGA